GUCAUUGGAGAUUUACUUAAAAUCGUGUUACAUUACGCAAUUCACUGCAGAGAACUGCAGGGAACGCGUCCCCUACAACUGCACAUUUCAUCAGUCAAAAAAACGACGUGGUAACUCGCGGUCGUAGUGCCCACGCGCCUUCUUCGGUUAAAAAAUAAGCGCAGACCAGCCGAGAUUGAAAAGAAAAUCCAUUUUUUCUUCAUUUUCAAAUCCAUCAGAUUUCUUUUCUUUUUCAAUUCCUCGUGUUUGAAUUGUCAGAGAUCUUUCUCUUCCUUUUCUUCGUUCAUUUUUUCUCGAAUCUGAAUCCGCUCCCCUAGCCCAUACUUUUGACAAAUAUACGUAUAUAUAUAUAUAUAUACAGUAAAAGGAAAGUAGAUCCAAGUGAAAUUGAACCAAUUGAAUCAAUGCAAUGGCAGCUGAAAAUAAUGGAGUCGACAUAGAAACGUCGGAGGACAAUGAGUUUUCGUCGGGGAGGGGUGUGGGCGGCCGGAAAUACAGGCCCGUGUUUGCACAUGACCACGAUCGAGCCAUUCUCGAGAUGUCUUCGAUUGAUCCCGGCGUCCGGGCAUCUUCUUCGGCUUCAUUGAACGAUGCCAAAAAAGUUAAUGCCGGUAUGCCGCAAAACAUGAAUUCUGAGGCAAGAGACAGGUCAUUGCCUAGUCAUGGAGGUGUUAAUGGCUCUCAGACUGAAUCCAAGUUGGAAUUAUUUGGUUUCGACUCACUCGUUAACAUUUUGGGGCUUAAAAGUAUGGCAGGUGACCAGGCUCAAACACCAUUAAGUCCUGUAGAUGGAGAUGAUAUACCGGUUAAUGUUGAGCGUCCACAGGCCAGCAGUGUCAAACUAGGGACAAUGAUGGGUGUGUUUGUGCCUUGUUUGCAGAACAUUCUGGGAAUUAUUUACUACAUCAGGUUUUCAUGGAUUGUGGGUAUGGCUGGGAUUGGCCAAUCAUUAUUGCUGGUUGCCUUCUGUGGUUCAUGUACUUUCCUUACAACUAUAUCUUUGAGUGCGAUUGCCACAAAUGGUGCAAUGAAGGGAGGGGGACCUUAUUAUCUCAUAGGUCGAGCCUUGGGUCCAGAGGUUGGAGUAAGCAUUGGUUUAUGUUUUUUCCUUGGAAAUGCAGUUGCUGGUGCUCUUUAUGUUUUGGGAGCUGUGGAGACUUUCCUAAAUGCUUUACCUCAGGCAGGGAUUUUCAGAGAUACGCAGACCUUUGUGAAGGUAAAUGGCACAGACGUCGCACAACCUAUUACCAGCCCAAGUUUACAUGACUUACAAGUUUAUGGGAUUAUUGUGACAAUCAUCCUAUGUUUCAUAGUAUUUGGUGGAGUGAAAAUGAUCAACCGAGUUGCACCAGCCUUUCUUCUACCUGUUGUGUUUUCAUUGUUCUGCAUAUUUGUUGGGAUAUUUUUGGCGAGGACAAACUAUCCAGCAGAGGGAAUCACUGGCUUGAGUUUGCAAUCUUUCAAAGAUAAUUGGGGAUCAGAGUAUCAAAUGACUAAUAAUGCUGGAAUCCCAGAUCCUACUGGGAAAAUAUACUGGAAUUUCAAUGCACUGGUAGGUCUAUUUUUCCCAGCUGUAACGGGGAUUAUGGCAGGUUCAAAUCGGUCUGCAUCGCUUAAGGACACUCAGCGCUCCAUUCCCGUUGGGACUUUAGCUGCAACUUUGGCAACUACAAUUUUAUACUUGGUCACUGUGUUGUUUUUUGGAGCUCUGGCAACCAGGGAUAAACUUCUGACUGACAGGUUACUUACAGCUACAGUUGCUUGGCCUGUACCUGCUAUCACAUAUAUUGGUAUUAUUCUCUCAACAUUAGGCGCAGCUCUACAGAGCCUGACUGGCGCCCCUCGUCUUCUUGCUGCAAUAGCCAAUGAUGAUAUCCUGCCUGUUCUUAAUUACUUCAAAGUGGCAGAUGGUAGCGAACCUCAUGUUGCUACACUGUUCACCGCCUUCCUCUGUAUUGGAUGUGUUAUUAUCGGCAAUCUGGAUCUUAUUACUCCAACUGUUACUAUGUUCUACCUUCUGUGCUAUGGAGGUGUCAACUUGUCUUGCUUUCUUUUGGAUCUUUUAGAUGCGCCUAGCUGGCGCCCUCGCUGGAAAUUUCACCACUGGAGUCUCUCCCUUAUUGGAGCAUCGAUUUGUAUAGUUAUCAUGUUUUUGAUUUCGUGGGCUUUCACCGUGGUGUCUUUAGCCUUGGCAAGCCUGAUAUAUUAUUACGUGAGCAUCAAAGGAAAAGCUGGUGACUGGGGCGACGGUUUCAAAAGUGCUUACUUUCAACUUGCUCUUCGAAGUCUCCGUUCUUUAGGAGCAAGUCAGGUACAUCCAAAGAACUGGUACCCUAUCCCCCUCAUAUUCUGCCGCCCAUGGGGAAAAUUGCCUGAGAAUGUACCAUGCCACCCUAAACUUGCCGAUUUUGCAAACUUCAUGAAGAAGAAAGGCAGGGGUAUGUCUAUAUUCGUAUCUAUUUUAGACGGUGAGUACCAUGAAUGUGCAGAGGAUGCAAAAGCUGCAUGCAGAGCACUUAGUACGUACAUCGAGUACAAAAAAUGUGAAGGUGUGGCAGAGAUAGUUGUAGCCCCUUCAAUGUCCGAUGGCUUUCGUGGAAUCGUUCAGACAAUGGGUUUAGGAAAUCUGAAGCCCAACAUCGUUGUAAUGAGGUACCCUGAAAUAUGGCGUAGAGAGAAUUUGACCGAAAUACCCGCAACUUUUGUGGGAAUUAUAAAUGAUUGUAUUGUUGCAAAUAAGGCUGUUGUUAUAGUGAAGGGGUUAGACGAGUGGCCGAACGAGUACCAAAGGCAGUACGGUACUAUCGAUUUGUAUUGGAUUGUGAGGGACGGUGGUUUGAUGCUUCUUUUAUCGCAGCUGCUUUUAACGAAGGAGAGUUUCGAGAGCUGCAAGAUUCAGGUUUUCUGUAUUGCAGAGGAAGAUUCCGAUGCGGAGGAACUGAAAGCCGAUGUGAAGAAGUUCCUUUAUGAUUUGAGAAUGCAGGCUGAGGUGAUUGUGAUUUCGAUGAAGUCGUGGGAUAUUGCUCAGGCGGAGCAGCAGGAUGAGUCUGUGGAGGCUUUCAGUUUGGCUAGAGAGAGGAUUAGCGGUUAUUUGGCGGAGAUGAAGGGGAGGGCGGAGAGAGAAGGGCGGCCUUUGAUGGCGGAUGGGAAGAAUGUGGUGGUGAAUGAGGCGCAGGUUGAGAAGUUUCUUUAUACAACUUUGAAGCUGAACUCGACUAUAUUGAGGUACUCGAGGAUGUCGGCGGUGGUGCUGGUGAGUUUGCCGCCGCCGCCGCUGAACCAUCCGGCCUACUUUUAUAUGGAGUAUAUGGAUUUGUUGGUUGAGAAUGUGCCCAGGCUUUUGAUGGUACGUGGGUACCGUAGGGAUGUCGUCACUUUGUUUACAUAGUCCUUUUUCUUUUUAUCAUUUUUUUUCUUCCCCUUUUAAUUACUUAUAUAGACUUUAUUUUCUUUUCCUUUUAAUGAAAAAUAGUGUUUUCUUUUUUGUUUCUCUUUUUUUCUACGGUCUUCAUUUAUAAAUUACCACGCUUAGUCACUCAUUUAUUUUUAAUUUGUCAUUUUGUUUAUUUUUGGUUAUAUUAAUUGAGGUUGUACCUCUUUGUUCAUCAUUAGACCAUAACUUUUGUUAGAGAAUUUUUUUGAAGAUAUGUAUUUUCCCUUCUAUUU